CGGCAGUCGGUUUCUUUCAACGCAUUUGCACGUCUGUGCGAAAGUCACAAUAAAACUGAAACUGAAACUGAAAUUUCAAAAAGUGCACAUAAAUUAGCAAAAAUCAAUGGCAUAGGCAAAAAUUAUUGUAUUAUACAUCAAAUAUAUGAACAUAUUAAAGUGACCUGGCCCAAUUUAGAAAUCCAUGCCACUGGUGCAAUGUUUCUAAAAUGCUGCAGUUGCACAAACCAAUAAAUUGGGCGCACAAUUCGCUUGCAAGUUUAGCUUCAACUCCAACUCAGACUUCCAAUCAGUUGCGCUUCGGCAGCAAGCGAAAUGACAACGACCGCCAUGACGACGGGUCCAUCAAAUGGCGUCAGUGAUCUGGCCGGCACAACAGCAGCAGAUCAAUAUGUGGAGGACAUUGAAUGUUUGCGCAGACUGUUUCGCUCGAAGAAUUUAAUUAAGUUCAGCAUUGGCCAAAUCGCGUGCAGCGCGGGCAGCAGCAGCGGCGACAACUAUAUGUCCUUGGUGAAGCGGGUGACAAUCCAUGAUGCGGCUGCCGCUGGGAGCGCGACUGCAGCUGCCUGCUGCUCAGUCAUCAUAAAGCGUCAAAUUGCGAGUAUCUCGCGCCGACAGCUUUAUCGUUGCGGCGAGGCGUUUACAAACGAGAUCAACGUGUAUCAGCAUGUGGUACCGCUGCUCUGCCGCUACAGCCAGCAGCCGCUGUUUCCGCAAUGCCACAUAGCUGCGACCACCGAUGGCAGCCCGAAUGGGGAGCCCAUUAUUGUGUUGCAGGACCUCAAGGCGCUGGGCUAUCGCAUGAUGAACCGCUUGGCUGGUCUUGAGUUGCGACACUGCUUGCUGGUGAUGAAGAAACUGGCGCAAUUGCAUGCAGCUUCACUUGCCGCACAGCAUCUGGAAUCUGCACAUUUUGCCCAGCAGUGCGCGCACAUGAGCGAAAUUGUAUACUGCCCGGAUGCCGCAGACUUUUAUUCUCGCAUACUGGACACCUCGGUGCAGCAGGCGCUGGACAGCCUGAAUGCCUCAAAUGCGGAUGGCAAUCUCUCGGCGCCCAUACGCCUCAUUGAGCAGCUGCAACCAAAGCUGUUCGGACAGAUACAUCAAAGCAUUAAUGCGGCCGCCGCAACUCCGUUCAGCGUGAUCUGCCAUGGCGACUUGUGGCUGAACAAUUUAAUGUUUCGCUCACAGCCCGAGGAGGUCAUCUUCUUUGACCUACAGGCCAUGCGUCGCACCUCGCCAGUGUUUGAUAUUCUCCAUUUCAUAUACACCAGCACGCACCGCCAGCUACGCGAUGUGCAUACGGACACAUUGCUGGCUGCCUACGCAGAGGCGCUGCGUAAGGAGCUUGGGCAACAGCUGCGUCAUACGCCGGCUGCCGAACAUCUAGGUGAACUCUGCGAAAUCUUCUCACUGCAACGUCUCAGCGAGGACUACGUGCGUCAUGUGCACUACGGAUUGGCCAUAUCUAUGUGGAUAUUGCCUGCGGUCACGUUCGAUCCCAAUAACAUACCAGACCUGGAUGUCAUAAGUGAGCUGAAUCUGAAUGGUAAAGAGAUUAAUUGUACUCAAAAGUUGACGCCCGAGUAUCAUCUGCGCAUCCGAGACUUGGCGCUAGAGUUCUAUGAGCAUGGCUAUCUGGACGUGUAAAUAUGUAUAGUACUAUUAGCUAUUAAGCCAUUUAAACCAAGUUGUUUUCACUUAAUAAACACGACAAGUAUUU